CACUUUCUCAUACACAUUCCAAGAAAUCUCUUCUCAUCCUUUCUUCCACACGUAACCAUCUUCUUCUUCCCCUCCUCCUUUCUGCUUCUCCCUCUCCCUUUCAUGUUUUAAUCCAAGCCCUUCCAUUCUUAACCCCUCCCUCCCAUAUUGCUUCUUCUUCUUCUGGUAUCUCAAAUUUGACUACUCUGCUAGCUGCAUCCUUUUAAUCCGCCAACUUGAUGACCACUUCCUUCUCUGACCGCCGCCGCACUUCUCCCGCCGACCACAACCUCGGAGGCUCCGAAAGGCCUCAUCAGCUGUUGUUGUCGGAUCCAACAGGUUCUGGUGCGCCCAAAUUCAAGUCCACACCUCCUCCACUUCCCAUUUCUCCUUCUUACUUUUCACUCCCUCCUGGGUUGAGCUUUGCAGAGCUGCUUGAUUCCCCUGUUCUCCUCAACUCCAAUUCUCACAUUUUGCCAUCUCCAACAACUGGAACAUUUGGCUUCAAUUGGAAGAUCAGUUCUGGGGAAAACCAUCAGAAUAAUGUCAAGGAAGAAGAUAAAAGCUUCUCAAAUUUCUCCUUCCAAACCCAAUCACAGCCUCCUAUUCCUUCCACAGCAGGGUUUCAAUCUUCAAACAGCAUAGUUCAAAAUGGAUGGGCUAAACAAGAUGAAUUUUCUUCUGGAAUGAGUAUGGGGAUGGUGAAAACUGAAGCCUCUUCUUCUAUACAGAGUUAUAAUAACAUUAACAACAAUUACCAUCCACAACAAGUUCAGACCCUGAGUAGAAGGUCAGAUGAUGGGUACAGCUGGAGGAAAUAUGGGCAAAAGCAAGUGAAAGGAAGUGAGAAUCCAAGAAGCUACUACAAAUGCACAUACCCCAAAUGCCCAACAAAGAAAAAAGUUGAGAGGGCUUUAGAUGGACAAGUUACUGAGAUUGUUUACAAAGGCACUCAUAACCAUCCCAAGCCUCAGGCUCCUCAUAAGAGGAACAGCUCAUUCACUACCUCAAAUCAUGUCAGCACUGAAAUACAAGGCGCCACUCAUGGCAGUGGACAAAUGGAUUCUGUUGCAACCCCUGAAAACUCAUCAUUGUCAAUGGGGGGUGAUGAUUUUGAACAGAGUUCUAUGAGUAAAUCAGGAGGAGAGGAGCUUGAUGAAGAUGAACCUCAUGGCAAAAAAUGGAGAAUGGAGGGUGAAAAUGAGGGCAUGUCAGCAGCAGGAAGCAGAACGGUGAAAGAAUCCAGAGUUGUGGUUCAAACAACCAGUGACAUUGAUAUUCUUGAUGAUGGAUACCGAUGGAGGAAAUAUGGGCAGAAAGUAGUAAAGGGAAAUCCAAAUCCAAGGAGUUACUACAAGUGCACAAGCCGUGGAUGCCCAGUGAGGAAGCACGUGGAGCGAGCCUCACAGGAUCUAAAAGCAGUGAUCACAACCUAUGAGGGAAAGCACAACCAUGAAGUCCCUCCACCACGUGGCAGUGGUGGUGGUAGCUACUCUUCUAUCAAUAGACCAGUGCAAACCAAUACCACAAACAACACAGCAACAAGCGUAGCCUCUGCUAUGACUCUGAGUUCUCAACACAAUAAUAAAACUUCCUCCAUCAACAAUUCUCUUCAAGGACAAGCAGUGUUCACUUCUGAGAUGCCUCAGAGCCAGAGCCAGGGAAACAUUGGAUUCCAAGGGUUUGGUGGGAAUGCGAUAGAAUCUUAUUAUAUGAACUUGAAUCAGCAGCAAUCUGAGGAUAUUUUUUCUUCCGGGGCCAAGGAGGAGCCUGUAGAUGACUCGUUUUUUGAAUCUUUGCUAUGUUAAUAGGAAUACUUUUUCUCAUUUUGCAUAGUUUUGGAUGGUUGGAAUUUUUGGAAGGGGGUUUGGUUUAGGAUUUUAUACUUCACUAAUAAAAUCAGCUUCAUUCCAUUAAUUAUCUUUUUAUUAUUUUUUUAUUGUAUAUUUCCACACCCACAGGAUUGUAACUAAUACUGUAUAUUUAUUCAUAAUAAUGGUUCAUUACUUCAUUGUUCA